AUGUCCCCAACAACAACAACCACCACGGCAUCAACCACCGCCACCAAAAACCAAAAUGACCCCCAAGAAAUCCCCGAAUUAAAAACCUACCCCGCCACCACAAAAGACGACCUCAUCCCCGCCCUCCGCCUCAUCGCCGACUCCGUCGCGCAACAGCGCCAAACCGCCGCCCGCGCUCUCAUCUUCCACCCCCUCUGGCUAUCUGCCAUGGUCGCACUGAUCGCAGUCGCCUACAAAGUGCUCUACACCGAUUCGUCUGACCUCCCGCUCAUCGGGACGACGGGCGCGGGGUGCGUGAUGGCGGGGUUGUUGGCUGUGCGCGGGUUGACGGGGGGGUAUAUCGAGGAGGCGGAGAGGGUUGGGAGGUGGGAGUGGCUCAACGCUCGCUCUAGCACUGGCCCUGAAGAGCAGGAGCAGGAGGUUCUGGUGACAAAGUUCGGGGAGAGGAUUAUCGGGGCGGUUGUGCUGCGUGGUGUUCCUGCCGCUGCAGAGGACAAAGUGACGGGAGUUAUUCGGGCGUGGACGGUUGAGAGACGGUACCGCCGGAAAGGGGUGGGUGUUGGAUUGCUGGAGGAGGCGGUUGGGGUGUGUCAGGAGAAGGGAUGGGAGGGGCCUGUGUUUGAUGAGGAGCAUGCGAAUGCGAAGAGGGUGUUGCCGGGGUUGUUUAAUGGGGGGUUUGAGAGGAGGGAGAAAUGGGCGAGGAAGGUGUUGGAGGGGGUGAAGAAGAGGAUGGAGUAG